AGCUUCUGCUUCCUCACCACCACCGAACGAAAAUGGCUCCCAGCGAGUCGGCCUCCGCCACCGAAACCCCAAAACCUCUGGCACCAAGCUUUGGAAUGCUACUUUCUUCCACCAACUUCGCACCAUUUCUCAGAGCAUCACCGUCGUCGUCAUCCUCCAAGAAGCCCCAUUUUGUUCUUCCCGACAUUCAAGCUUCGAUUGCAUCCGCCGCCGAUAAGUGCUCCCAAUUGCUUCACUCUCUGGUUACUCAAAACCCGCUUCUCAGCAAGCUAAUCUCUUUGCGCUGCGAAUUUCAAAGUAUCUGCCACCAGAUUGGGUGCAGGAAGAACAAGCAGGUGAAGGCUUUAUCAGCUCACAAUUUUGCGGCGGUUUUGCCGGGAGAUUCAGUGGCGGGGCUUGUGGUGGCAAACGGCAUCUCCAACUUCUUGAACUUGUACAACACUCUCUUGGUUGUUAGGCUUGUCCUCACCUGGUUCCCCAACUCCCCUCCUGCCAUUGUUGGCCCCCUCAGCACAAUAUGUGAUCCGUACUUGAACAUAUUUCGGGGGUUAAUCCCCCCACUUGGAGGCUCAUUGGAUCUCUCUCCCAUUCUGGCAUUCUUGGUUUUGAAUGCCUUUACAAGCACAGCUGCUGCAUUACCUGCAGAGCUUCCAGCAUCACCGUCGUCAGUAGCUUCCAAGAACUCACGGCUUCUCCUACCGGAAUCGCUAAUCUCUCUAUAUGUCAAAAGAAAUGGAUGACGAGGCUUCAGGGCCACAACAGCACAAAGAGCUCGGGCGGUGUCAAUUAGGUUUACACACUAUUAUUCUCUUGUAAUAUCGAGUACCGAACAUUAAUCUUACGGCCUUUUUUCUUGGUUUUGUACUUGGCUGAAAUUGCACAAAUUUUUUGCCUAGCAUAAAGAUAGUGGUGCUAUUGAUGCUUUUCA